AUGAGCGACGAAGGAGGAAAUGGAAUGGGUGCAAGAUUUAACAAUUUAACUGAAGGCCUCAAUCCAGAAAAAAUAGAUUACGCAAAAUUGGUCAACAAUAUAUGGAAUUAUCUCAGAAGUUAUACUUCAGACAGUCCGAGACCUCAAUUCAGUCCAGAUGUUCUUGUGAAACUGUUUCAGAAUAGUAACGAAGUGUUGAGACGUGACGAUAUGGUUGUUAAAGUCAAGGGACCAGCAAUAAUAUUUGGUCCUUUGUACGGAGAAGGAGAUUCAUUAAUCACUUUGAUCAGUCUUUCUAAGAAAUUACCUCCAGAAGUCACUUACGUAUUCCUUGGGUGCUAUCUGGGUCACGGAUUCGCUCAGCUUGAAUGUCUUUUCUUCUUGCUUGCCUAUAAAAUGUUGUUCCCUGGAAAAAUAAUUCUUCUGAAAGGACAUCACGAAGAAUCAAUUUCUAUGGAAAUGCUGAAAGUGAAAGAUUGGAUUUAUGGAAGAGGAAUAGUCGAGGAAGUACAUAUUGAAAAUGUGCUUAAAGAAAUGAAGGAGACAUGUAGUUCAAUGUCAGCAGCGGCACUUAUCAACUCGAAAAUUCUCUGUAUGCCAGGAGGUCCUGGAUCAUUGAUGCGUGAAAAGGGGUUGAAACAUUUGAUCUCUAUUAAGAAAGGAUCACAUUCGAUUGGAGAGAAAAAACUACUCAUGGAGGCAUCUUGGUCGGUUUUACUUGUUAAUGAAUCACAAAAAGAUAUGCAUGGAAUGCCAUUCUUCACGGGGCAACAAGCGACUGAUUUCUGCAAAAAGCAUCGUCUGAAAUGUAUAGUUCGUGGAAGGCAAAUGGUAGACGCAGGAUUUCUGAGUAAGCCGAAAGAAGUUUUAACUUUGAUUUCGGCUGUUGCAUACUUAGACAAUUUCCGUAACUAUGCAGCAGUUUUGCACAUUGAAAAGGGAAAGGGUCGAAUCAUUCGCUAUAAGAUGGAAGAAGGCGAACAACUGUCUCUGGAAUUGGUGAAACCAGGAAUGGGAAGAAAUGCAGUCGUUUGA